AUGAUGUUGGACAUAAUUCACAAGUUUCUCAACCUGGUGGCUCCGCCCAUUACCUUCUUCAGCCUGCUGCUUUUCUGGCCCCCCUUUCAGCUCUUCAAGUUCUUCCUCUCAAUCUUGGGCUCCGUUUUCGCCGAGGAUGUCGCCGGCAAGGUCGUCAUCAUCACCGGCGCUUCCUCCGGCAUUGGUGAGCAUCUGGCGUACGAGUACGCUAAACGAGGAGCGUGUUUAGCUCUAGCUGCACGGAGAGAAGCAAGUCUAGAAGAAGUAGCGAAGGUGGCUGUGGAGCUGGGGGCACCAGACGCUAUAGCCAUUCAGGCAGAUGUUUCCAACGUCGACGACUGUAAAAGGAUCGUCGAUCAGACCAUAACUCGCUUUGGCCGCUUGGAUCAUCUGGUUAAUAAUGCUGGGAUGAUGUCUGUUUCGUUUUUGGAAGAGGCUGAGGAUGUCACUAAUUUCCGAUCUGUUAUGGAUAUCAAUUUCUGGGGCUCUGUUUAUAUGACUCGCUUUGCUGCUCCUUAUUUGAGAAAGAAUGAGGGGAGGAUCAUUGCUAUUUCUUCAUUUGCUGAAUGGCUGCCUGUUCCCAGAAUGAGUGUUUACAACGCAAGUAAAGCAGCAGUGUUUCAGUUUUUUGAGACAUUAAGGAUUGAAUUUGGGGCUGAUAUAAAAAUAACUCUUGUAACCCCUGGGUUCAUCGAGUCUGAGCUCACACAAGGAAAGCACUUGGAUAAGGAUGGCCAAGUAGACGUUAAUACUGAUGUCUGGGAUGCGCAAAUGAGCAUAAUGCCGGUGGAAAAGGUGGAGGGGUGCGCGAAGGCAAUCUUGGAUGGCGCGUGUCGGGGGGAGAGGUACCUGACACACCCGGCGUGGUUCAAGGUGACGGAGUGGUGGAAAGUGUUCUUCCCGGAGGUUGUGGAGGGCGCACAGAGGCUGCUGGACAUCAGCUGGCCGGGAAGUCCAGCCCACGAGACGCUGGGGAAGAAGAUUCUGGAAUUCACCUGCGCCCAGAAGCUCAUCUACCCGGACACAAUUCAGCCCGAAACCGUCGCGAAGGCUGGCCCAAAAGCCGAGUAGAAUUGCCUCUUAUCUGUGAUCGGAGGUUGUUCCAUAUUUGUUGUUUGUGAAGUUUUUCCUUAAUUUCUUAGUACGUGUUGCCUUCUGGUCUGUAGAUUUCGCUACUCGAUCUGAAAUUGUUUUUG